GAAAAAGAAACGAGCGACAGAAGAAGAGAGAACGUCCAACGUGCGGAACGAGAACGGCAUGGCAUCAUCGCCACCUCCCCCAUCUCCCCUCGACGGCGGGAUCUACACCGAAUACCACCAAGCCCCACCAUCGGGUGGUCAGGAGUCCCCCCGCAUCCGUGAGCUGGAGGCCCGCAACAACGUGCUGCAGCAGACCAUCGCCUACCUCGAACAAGCACUCGCGAAGUCCGAGUCAUCCGUGGAAGAAACCAUCAGUCGCCUUCAAAAAACACAGGUGUGAGAAACACACAGAGGGGGUGACGCAAUUCUCAUGUGUUUGGUCGGCCCACGCACAGGAAGAACUCCAGAGCCCAUCGGCGUUGCCCGCUCUGCCAACCAUCAACGAAGACGAGCACGCCCGAACUGCUGAAGGCGACAGAGGAAGAGGGCCCUUGCCGACCCUCCAACUUGCUACAGACGGGCUCCUGGCGCACAUCCGUGAUCUCCAGCGGGCCCUCGAGAGCUCUGAGAGCAUCUGUGAAAGCCAGGCGGCCACCAUAUAUCAGCUGCGGCAGGAAAACACCAUGCUACGCAACCGUCGAAGUACACAAGUGCGCAAAGAGGAAGGCAGGAGAUAAGAUGAGGAGGCAUGGCGAUAUUCAUUACAUUGUCUUCUGGUCUGCGUGGGCAGGAGGGAUCAGGUCCCGUCGGCCAGCUGGGACCAAGAGAGGAGGGCGAUAAUGCUAUGUCAGCUGAGAGAGCGGGCCGGUCAUUGGAGCGUAGGCGCUCCUCUCGUCGCCUGCCGAUGGCCAAAGAGAUGGGCGUCCUGCAGUCCCCCCUGGACGAGUCCCCAGCGCCAUCAUCUCGGCAUGCCAUCGCCACACACACAGCACAGCCCCCUCAGCCAGCUUUCACGAUUCCGCGAGAUUCCUACCAUACGGUGACGCCACCCGUCACCAGGACCGUCAUGCCGCCCGCACAGCCGAUGAGCGCGGCGCCAACGCAGACACAGGUGGGACAGGCAAGGAUGAGAACGACAUGUCUUUUGCUGUUUGUCUCACUCUGCGAGUCAUGCAGGCCGUGUCUCGCAUCAUCCUAUUGCCGCGGCCGAUGCUGGCUCGGUCAGCUCUGAUGCCCCGAUAUGCCGUCCGCCAGCAGGGCGACCGUCCCGCUGUUUUUGUUGCGCGAAGCAACAUUCAUCCAGUGCAGCGACUGGCCAACUGGCCGCCCACCGUCAUCCAUCCAAAUCACAGAGCACUCAUCGACCAGUGCAGCAAUCCGAGGGGGCCAAUGCAGCGACUGAUGCGAAGAGCACCCGGUGAGCUUAAGGAGGAUAAAGAGGAUAAAUAUGGCCGUGGUUGUGCUCGUUUGUGUGUUGCUGUUUUUUCCCAGGGAACAAAAAGAGCUGCUGAAGACAUUCAUUGGGUCAGGGACGGCUGCUCGUCCUGUUCACUCUUGAGUGCGCCACCCAGGACGUCAGGCGACACCUUGGAUGUGACACAAGCGGCGAGCAUGAGGCCAGCCAAAGGGGGGAGGGAGAGGGAGCGAGAGGGCGAGGGCGAGGUCAGCAUCCUUCCUAUGGCAAUAAGGAAGACAUCAGUGGAGAGGCGUCUGGACCAGCAGAGAGGAUCCUCAGAGGAUCUCCUUUGUUUACUGCUGACUUACUGAGGAGUAAGCCACUGCUUAACGCUAGGUUUGCG